AUGUAUGGCCGUGGCGUAUCAACUGAGUGCGAAUCGCCAACGCUGCCGCGAAAGCACCUCGGUGGACCGCAACCCACGCCUGACCAGUCACCUUUUCUCUUCGACAAAGCGAAGAAAAUCAUCAUGCAAUAUCCCGGCCGGCCGGAUCUGUCUGAGAUUGAAGAUGGGUUGAUAAAGAAGAAAAAAGACUGGUUGAAAACGCAAGAUCCAGAUCAGCAAGGUGCUAGCGAUGCCAGCAUCACUCCUACUCCAAGUUAUGUUGGCUCAGUCCCUUCAAGAACACCUCCACCUGUGGAUGAACCCGCUCACGAGGUAGAAAACCACAGCGAGCAGGCCAGUCAGCAGAGCUCGGAAGAAGAUGAAGAAUCAGAAGAGGAGUCUGAAGUUGAGAUCGAGAACAUACAUGCACAUCGUGGCCCAAUAAUUAGCUCUGUGAGAAGGGAUGGAGGUUUGUGA